CCCUUUGCAUUAGCAUGCGUGGUAGAUGAACUGCCGUUUUGAACAUUUCCCGCCAACUACGUUCGGUAGUUACUGGUGCACUUUGGUCGCAAAAGUUGCAAGGGAAAGUGACGGAAUCGUGGAAAUCGUCCGACGUAACGGCUUUUAGUGCUUUCGUUCCCACCAUACCAACACGACACACUAUCGAAAAACAAUGAGCAGUUGUUUGUGCCGAGCGCAUGUAAUUAGAAGGUAAACAACAUUGCACUACAACACACAUCCACACGGUGCCGUUAGUGCCUUACGCAAGCGAACGUGGUUGUUUACUUUUUUCGUAACGGCAAAAAGAUGGUUCCGAUUUGAAGCUUAGUGACUGUUUGGGGGUGGAAAAUCCCUUACUGUACUGUGUGUGUCUGUAAGCUAACCUAGGGUGACUCGUCAAAUCCACCUGACAUGGUCGGGUAAGCCUAACUGCACAUCAUCAAACUCUUCCGUUGCUUUGUUGGGCUGUGCUGUACGUGUGUGUCCGUGUGUGUGUGUUUGAAGAGUGAAGUUUUUUGCAAAGGGAUCGGCAUGGCCCCACUUCCGACAUUGCCAGGGCCACCGGCUGCACGGGAACGGCAUCAUCAUCAUCAUCACCACCACCGCCGAAGAGCACAUGGGCUGUACUUCCAUUCAUCACCACCCAAGGUGCUCCAAAUGAACAACCACCUAGCAGCAAAGGAAAAUGACUACCGGAGCAGGGACGCGAUCAAACCAUCGAGCAUUCGAAUAUGGUUGCAUCACAAACAAAUGGGCAAGCUGGCGAAGGUGCUGUGGGCCGGCCAGGGUAUGCGUUUGCGGACGGAAACUUCACACCAUCCACGUAUGAAACGGUUCCUCGAGUGUGUCCCCCAUGUUAUGGGAGUUAUCAAGGAUAUUCAUCAGGCCGUAAUAGACAACGAUCUGGAUGUGCUGAAGGAAAAGACCGCACCACCAGCGCCGAGAGUGAUUCUUACCAGCAAGGACGCGAACGGGUUGACACCGCUACACAAAGCCGCCGGGCUAGCGCACACCCAGAUUGUGGAGUACAUUCUGUCCGUGUGGCCGAGUUUGUCGUCAGAUGAGGAUCAUACCGGCAAGACUCCGCUCCAUUGGGCGGCCAGUGCGAAAAAUAAUGCACGCAGCUUUAAUCUACUCGUGCAGGCGGGUGCAGACGAAACGGCACUAGACGAUCGCAACAAACCGGCGGAACAUUACAAAAACAAACCGGCCGACAUUGACCGAUCGCUGCUGGCCGUCAUCCCGGAAGCGCCCCGAAUUUCGCAGCAGGGUUUCCCGGCCUACUUCGACUGGGCCAUGUUCACGCUCCCGGACGAUUCCGAUGAGGGUUCACAGCCAACGCGAAUGAAACCGUUUCUUUCGCAGAAUAAUCUUCUGGAUCCGGACGGCGGGCAGGAGGGUGGGUUGGCAGGCGGGGCGGCCGACACGGUCAGCAAAUCGAAAUCGGUGCACAACCUCACUAACGGUGUGCUGACCGUGCUGGGCCAGGAGCGGGACGUGAAUGGAGAGGACAGCGUGAACAAAGGAAGUGCUGAUGAGGAGCAAGCGGAUGCGCAGGACGAUGCCAAUGGUGGCCAGGAUGUGGAUGAGAAAGAGCUCGGGGGAGAAGAAACAUCGAACAAACAGGAUGGGACGCUAGUGGAGCAUGAAGAGCAAAUUAGCACUCCACCGGCAGGACCCGACGAUACCGAUGCACCGUUGGAUGUAUCGAGCGCAAAAGUAGACGAUGGUGGUGGUGAUGAUAGCGUUGAUGAUGCACAAGAAAUACAGCAAACCGAGCCUGAGGCUGAUAGCGCUGAGGUAAUAUCUGAGACAAAGAAUGAAACAGGUGCACCAGUUUCAGAUGCUCCGAAUGCUGAAGAAAAUAAUACGGAAAAUGGUCACACCGAGAAUGGGGUAACGGUGGAAGAAGACGAUCAAGCAAAUGGAAAUGAUACGGUAGCAAGGCGCAAUACGUCUGCUAAAGAAGCAAACACUGACGAGUUAGACAACACGGCUGAGGUAGAGCUUGAAAAGGAGACCAAUUCUGCGUCUGCUGCACUGGAAGAAGCAGAAGUUUCUAGGGACAGCUUGGAGCAGGUCGUGCCGAAAGAUGACGACAUUGAGCUGGAUAGUCUUGGAAAGGAUUUAGAGCCUGAAGAGUCACUACCGGAUGCGGCAAGGGUGACCUCUGCUGAGUCCGACAAGAAUUCGGAGCAGAUGGACUCGCAACCCAAUUCUCGGGCAACUACUGGGAAGAGUAUCAAGUCCACGAUCACAGUGACUGAUCAAGAUGACAUUAAAGAGCAUGUCAGUAGAAACUCUUCAGCCACUGCCGUCUCGAACGGUCGCCCAGAUACUGCUUCAAAUGGGAACAUGAAUGGGACUGUUGAGCCGAACGGUACCCCGGAAGACAUGGGUGACCAAGAUGGGUUAACAUCUGCUGGGAGCGAACGACCAGAAACACGCGGUAUAUCAGCUCACCGUACGUAUCCUAACUCGGCUAAAGAACCAACUUCACCAGUAUCGCGUCCAAUAAGCCGUGCCGAGGUGGAAAGCAUCUCUCGAGCGGCUUCUUCAACGCUUACCCCAGGACAUACACCGGCGAAGUCAUCUCGCUCGUCCACUCCGUAUCGGAAAGCGUCGAUUGGAUCACGAAAGUCAGUUAACUCCGCCGUGGGUAGCGCUGCACAGAACGAAACUCACGAUGGUGCGAAUAAUCACGGUGAUGAUGAUGAUGAUGAUAAUUCGGAAGCGAACGAUGACUCGAAUAAUGCAGACGUGAAGAUCGCUAGUUACCGUACGCCCGACGAGAACGCUACUUCUGAGCAACUUCUAGAGAAGACUGCCGAAACCCAUCCCGAUCAACCAGAGCUAGAAGACCCGCCGCAGGCUGUCGAUGAAACUUCUUCAGCUAAAGAAGAGCCAAUGGCACGUACCGAAAUAGAGACGGUGACUCAGUCAGCUACAUCGACUCAGUUAGCCACUGCGGCCGCUACGGAAGCCUCCAGCCAGGUGCUGGAGAUUGAAGGAACGGUACAAGGAGAACCGGACCAAGGACAGCUACAAUCACAAAACGAUCCACCCGUCGAACAUGACGAUCAACCGAAUUUGCAGCAAACGGUGCAGGAUGCAAUCGACUCUGCCGAUCUGGAGCAGCUGGCUGCAAUUGUGCUGAAUGGCGAGGGAAAGCAACUGAUUGGGCGGAAAUCGGAUCAAACCGAAAUACAGGCAUUUCUGGACAAUGUCCCAGCCUACAUGGGUAAAAUACGACGUGUCCAUCUGGCAGCACGCGAGGGAAGCCUGCGUGAUUUACAGUCCGCACUGGAUAGACGCAAAUUUGCCACGGCAAAGGACGAAGUAUCGCCGCACGGUGCAACACCCCUGCACGUGGCGACAAUAUUCGGUCAUGCAGGCAUCGUGCGGUAUCUGGCUGGCCGGUUUCCCGAAACGCUCAGCGCAACGGAUGACGAUGGACGGACGCCACUGCAUUAUGCGGCCACGCUCAAGGACAAUGGGCACUUUUACAAUCUCCUAACACACCUGGGCGCCAACCCGAAGGUGGAGGAUAGUUUGAACCAUUCGGCCGAAUACUAUCUCGGACACGUGCAGUCGCAGGGUAUUCUUUCCCAUCGGCAGCUAUUGCGCGACUAUGGUGCCAAGGAGGAGCUCGCCGAUGAGAUGCUGAACGAUCAAGUUCCAGACGAUCUGCACAGUGCCCGCCGGCCGCUCGACGACGUCGACACGCUAACAACGCUGGAGCGAUGCUUCAAAAUCAUCCACGAACCGAUCGACGAUCUGAUGAUAAAGUCGGUCGGCCUGCCUACCAACAGUGUGCCAGGCAGUGCGUCAUCGCUCCGCAUCCUGAUCACCUCCUAUCUGGCCCGCUUCCUGAAGCGCAGCGUCUUCGACAAGGUGAAAAAGCGCCAAACCCGGCUCGAUCACAAUCUGUUCGAUCUGAUCUGGCCCGCGAUGAAGAAGGCGACCAAGGAGAAACGGUUAGACGAGGACCUGAACGUCGGUAUCGUCAUACCGGACUACGAUGUGUUCGUCGUGUUCCAGGAGUUUCUGGUGCCACUGAUCAAGGAUGUACACUGCAUGGAGGGAACGCAACCGCUGAUGCCACACCCGGCAAUGCAGUUCUUCCCGCGGUACGCGAUCAACGAUCAGCAACCGGAUGCUGCCGCCUCUCCGACGGCCAGUAACAAUGGGAACAUACUGCGUGAAAAUCCGGACAGUGUGCAGCUCAAUCUGGACACGUCCGGGAAGUACAUUACGGGGUGUGUGAUCGAGUGUGCCAGGAAUUUAGAUGCGUACGAGUUCCCGCUCAAUCUCGGUAUCGCUCAGCUCGAGCAGGUGGAGCGCCUGAUCACGGCGCGUGUGCUUUCGAUGGACUUUGUGCACGCCACCGGGGAGACGGAGCUGGGCACGUACUACAGCAUGAACGAAAUUUUGGAAAAUCCGUCCGAAAUUCGUACAAUAUUAGCUACCAAUGGGCUGCUCAUUCCGUUGCUGGAUCACACCGAUCCAUACCAGACGGCCGAAUCGAUCGCCAUCAAUGGAAGGUAUUGGCCGUAUGGGCGCGGCGUGUACGUCAGCGUCGACGGCAGUCUGGUGGUGUGGGUCAACGCGCAAGACCACCUGCGAUUGCUUUGCUGCACCGGAAGUAAAGAUCCUGCGGCGAUCGGUGCCGCCUACUCGAAGGUCGGCCGUGCCAUGAACUUUCUCGAGGAAUGGAUCCUGUUCAAGCACAGCUACUUCCUAGGCUGUCUCCUGUCAAGACCCUCCUUUCUCGGCACCGGUCUAAAGUUCACGCUAACUCUUGUGCUACCUCAUCUUUGCAAGGAGAAGGAAAAUUUGCGCCACCUGUGCGUCGUGCGCGGAUUGCAGCUCUUCACCGGCGAUGGCGACGGACCGACGGUGCGGAUGUGCAACAUGCGCAGCCUAGCCCAGACCGAGUGGCAACUGUUUCAGGAUUUUAGCAGUGCCAUCACGAACGUGGUGGCGCUCGAGAAGGAACUGUCCAUGUCGAACUCGUUGCACAUUGCGGCGACACUGUUGCGCAUCUUUCGUAAGAAAAAGCACAGCCUGGCAGCGGACGGUGCCGUACCGCAGAACUGAGCAUGUGUCCUGUGUGUGUAUGCUCCCGUACAUGGCAAGGAUGAGCACCACAACCUCUCUCCCAAAAACACACCGGUCUUCUAGAAUACUGUCCGCAUACCGGUGACAGCGUAGCCACGUGACGGCGAGCAGUUUGAACCAUUUCGUGCUGUUUGUUGCGCAACUAGUGCGCUUUUGUUGCCUUGCCGUACCGAGUACCAAGUAGUAGAUGUAGUAGUACAUCCCUGUGGUAGUUAAAGCAAAAUGUAUCAAUGUUUCCAACCUUACUCUACUGUCCCGCGUAUUGCGGAUUUUUGUGAACGGAAAACAGAUGUAACGCAACCGCUAGUUGCCGCCUCUGCUUAGUUGGCUGUAUUCUCUCACUCCUCCACCCCUCCAUCGUUACCUUAGUAACGCAGUGGUAGUCCUUCCCAUGCAUGCAAACCCGGCCAAAGAAAGACAGAGAAAGAAGGAGCUCCACCGAUCGAGUGCGAUCGUAAACGGAAGAGAAGGACGCAAGCAAGACUGACUGACAUACCAAUAAUUCCCGGGCGAGCAACAGGUUGAGAUUCCUUUAUUCCGUACUGAGGAAGGACGAUACCUAGCAACGUCUCUGGGAGAUCCUCUCAUCAAAGGGCUAACGGAGAU